UCGUUCGUUCGACUUUUCAUUUAUUGUUAUAAAAAAAGUUUCAUUUUAAACAUUACAUUCUUUCAAUCUCUGUAAAUAUAAAUAAAACUAAUACAUAUAUUUAUUUUUUGAAACAGUAAACAAUAAGUUUGAAAGAUUCAACUAGUAAAAGUAUAUUUUAAUUGAUUGUUAAAUAUGGCAACAAAUACUGGAAAAUAUCGACCAGAUAAAUCGGAAAAUCCUAAAAAAAAUUCGUUUCAAGGAUCAUUUGAAACAAGAUCACGUGAAAAUGCAGCAGAUAAUCGUUUAUUAAAGGUCAAUGAAAAUAUCCACAUUGACAAUAUAUAUGGUUUUCAUCGAGUCAGUGACAUCAAAGAACGAACUGGUUACUUGAUUAACAUGCAGAUAACAGAAAUUGUUGAAGAAGAUAAACGAUUAGUAAGUGGUGUAGAUUAUUAUUUUCUUGAAGAGGAUUGCACUCGUUUUAAAAUAUCUAUGCCUUUUCAUCCUUAUUUUUAUGUUUUGUGCCGUAAAGACACAGAGCAAGAAGUAUCAACAUAUUUAUUAAAAAAGUACAAUGGAAUCGUAAGUAAAGUUGAACUUUGCAAAAAAGAAGACUUAGAUUUACCUAAUCAUUUGUCAGGAUUGUUACAAAAGUAUUUAAAAUUAUCAUUUUUAAAUCUUGUUGAUUUACAAAAAGUUCGAAAAGAUGUUAGACAAGCUGUAAAAAUUAAUCAGGAAAGAGAAAAAAAUCAAACAUUUUACUCAGAAUUAUUAGUUGAUGCUCUAGAUUCUGAAAAAGUAACAUCAUCAAGAAAGAAUACGGAUCACAUGGAUAAUAUUAUUGAUCUCAGAGAACAUGAUGUUCCACAUCAUGUUCGUGUAUCUAUUGAUAUGAACAUCUUCGUGGGUUGUUGGUAUUCUAUAAAAACUCGUGGAACUGACCCUCCAAUAAUUACCAGACGUACUGAUAUAUUAGAAACAAUAGAUCCAAUUGUUCUUGCUUAUGAUAUUGAGACAACAAAACUUCCUUUAAAAUUUCCGGAUGCUAAUACAGAUCAAAUUAUGAUGAUCUCUUACAUGAUUGAUGGAAAUGGAUAUUUAAUAACUAACAGAGAAAUCAUUUCAAUGGAUAUCGAAGAUUUUGAAUAUACUCCAACACCUGAAUUCGAGGGAAUCUUUCAUGUUUACAAUGAACCUAAUGAAAAAGCAACAAUCAGACGAUUCUUCGAUCAUAUUCGUGAUGUCAAACCGCAUAUUUUUGUGUCAUACAACGGAGAUUUUUUCGAUUGGCCAUAUGUGGAAACUCGUGCAGCAAUUCAUGGAAUGAAUAUGAAAGAUUUAAUUGGAUUUUCUAAAAACAGAGAUGGAUUUUUUACUAGUAGACCUGCUAGUCAUCUCGAUUGUUUAUCUUGGGUAAAAAGAGAUUCAUAUUUGCCUGUUGGUUCUCAAGGCUUGAAAGCAGUAACUAAAGCAAAACUUCGUUAUAAUCCUAUUGAAAUAGAUCCUGAAGAAAUGUGUAAAUUUGCUGCUGAGCAGCCAGAAACACUCGCCAAUUACUCAGUAUCUGAUGCUGUUGCUACGUAUUAUCUCUAUCAAAAAUAUGUUCAUCCAUUUAUUUUUGCUCUUUGUACUAUUAUUCCGAUGAGUCCAGAUGAAGUUUUGCGCAAAGGCUCUGGAACACUUUGUGAAUCAUUAUUAAUGGUUGAAGCAUUUAGAGCUAAUAUUAUAUUUCCAAAUAAAAAAGAAAGUGAAUUAAAUAAAUUUACUAAUGAUGGGCAUUUAUUGAAUUUGGAAACUUACGUUGGUGGUCAUGUAGAAGCUUUAGAGUCUGGUGUUUUUCGUGCUGAUAUUCCUUAUCGAUUUAAAAUCAUUCCUAGUGCAGUAGAAGAAUUGAUAAAUGGAGUAAAUGAUGCUUUAAAACAUGCUAUUCAAGAAGAAGAAAAAAUACCUCUUGACCUGGUCGAAAAUUUCGAUGAAGUUGCUCAACAAAUUAAAGAAAAAUUAAUUAAUUUAAAAGAACAACCAUUGAGAUUAGAAAAGCCAAUAAUAUAUCAUCUUGAUGUUGGUGCAAUGUAUCCGAAUAUCAUUUUAACUAAUCGUCUCCAACCAUCAGCUAUGGUAGAUGAAACUGCAUGUGCUGCUUGUGAUUUUAAUCGAUCUGGUGCAUUAUGUAAACGAGAAAUGAAGUGGAUGUGGCGUGGAGAAUUUUUACCAGCUGAUUUAAGUGAAUAUCAACGUAUUCAACAACAAUUGGAGACUGAAAAAUUUCCCCCAGUUUUUCCUGGUGGACCAAAACGUGCAUUUCAUCAACUUUCAUCUCAAGAACGUGCAGCAAUUGAAAAAAAACGUUUAACUCAAUAUUGUAAAAAAGUUUAUAAAAAAGUUAAAGUUACAAGAAUGGAAGAAAAGAGUCAGACUGUUUGUCAAAAAGAAAAUUCUUUUUAUGUUGAUACUGUCAGAGCAUUCCGAGAUCGUAGAUACGAGUAUAAAGGAUUAACUAAGGUAGCAAAACAGCAAGUGUCAGCAGCUAUUGCCAAAAAUGAUGCUGCUGCAAUAAAAUCGGCAAAAAAUCGAGAAGUUCUUUAUGAUUCUUUACAAUUGGCACAUAAAUGUAUUUUAAAUUCAUUUUAUGGUUAUGUGAUGAGAGGAGGAUCCCGUUGGUUUAGUAUGGAAAUGGGUGGAAUUGUAUGUUAUACUGGAGCUCAUAUUAUCAUGAAAGCCAGAGAAAUUAUUGAAAAAAUUGGUCGACCAUUAGAGUUAGAUACAGAUGGAAUUUGGUGUAUUUUACCUGGAACUUUUCCAGAUAAUUUUUUGAUUAAAACUAGACAUCCUAAAAAAAGUAAAUUAACAAUAUCUUAUCCUAAUGCUGUUUUGAAUUUUAUGGUCAAAGAUGAGUUUACUAAUGAUGUAUAUCACGAAUUAGUAGAUAAAGAAAAUGGUAUUUACGAAAUUCGAAGUGAAAAUUCAAUUUUCUUCGAAGUUGAUGGACCAUAUCUAGCAAUGGUACUUCCUGCCGCUAAAGAAGAAGGUAAGAAACUGAAAAAAAGAUACGCUGUUUUUAAUUUUGAUGGAUCACUAGCAGAACUAAAAGGCUUUGAAGUCAAGAGAAGAGGAGAAUUACAAUUGAUAAAAAUUUUUCAAUCUGCUGUUUUUGAAUCUUUUUUAAAAGGUAAAACUUUAGAAGAAUGUUACAAAGCAGUGGCAGAAGUUGCAGAUUAUUGGCUUGAUGUUUUAUAUAGUAAAGGUACAAGUCUUCCAGAUUCAGAAUUGUUUGAGCUGAUUUGUGAAAAUAAAUCAAUGUCAAAAAAAUUAGAAGACUAUGGUGCACAAAAAUCAACUUCCAUUUCUACGGCAAAAAGACUUGCAGAAUUUUUGGGAGAUCAAAUGUUAAAAGAUGCAGGUUUAGCGUGUAAAUAUAUUAUUGCUAAAAAACCUCAUGGUGCUCCAGUAACAGAGCGAGCAAUUCCAAUGGCUAUAUUUCAAUCUGAACCUAGUGUAACACGACAUUACCUUCGAAAAUGGUUAAAAGAUCCAGGAAUGCAAGACUUUGAUAUAAGAGAUAUAUUAGAUUGGAGUUAUUAUAUAGAACGUCUCGGAAAUGCUAUUCAAAAAAUCAUUACUAUUCCAGCUGCUAUGCAAGGUAUUCCAAAUCCAGUUCCACGGGUUCAUCAUCCUGAUUGGCUACAUAAAAAACUAAUGGAUAAAAAUGCCACAACGAAACAAACAAAAAUAACAGAAAUAUUUCAAUUUCUUCCAAAAAAACCUUGUGAAGAACAAAAUAGCGAUGAAAGUGAUUCUAAUAAUGAUAAAUCAAUCGAUAUUGAUGAUAUUGAAGAUGUCAGACCAUCAACUAGUAAUCAAGGAGUUUUUAAACGACCACAAGUAACUAAAAGAAAACGAACAGUUUCAGAAGAUGAAGAAAUUAAUUUAAAAAAAAGUUGGCGUGAAGUUUUUGGCCCUCCACCAUCACCUGGUAAAACUAAAGAAGAAUUACAGGCUUGGCUAACAUUUCAUAAGAAAAAGUGGAGUUAUCAAGCUCAACAAAGAGGUGAUAGGCGACGUAAGAGAAUCAGAAUGGUUGGUCAAGCUGAUGAAGGACCUCGUGGAAUAGUAAGAAAUACGAAUACUUCAACUAUAUCAGGAUUUUUCAAGAAAGCUCAAAGAAAAUUAUUAGAUAAUCCUUGGCAAAUCAUUCAGAUAGUUGAAACAAAUGAACCGGGUUUAUUUAGACUUUGGGCAUUAGUUGAUCAAGAACUGCAUCAAUUAAGGCUGGUGGUACCAAGAAUUUUUUAUGUAAACUCAAGAAAAGAGCGUAGUGAACCUGGACCGAAUGAUUUAUGGCGAAAAUGUCAUAAAAUUCUCCCUAGAUCACGACCGGUAUAUCAUUUAUAUGAGUAUACAGUUCCUGAAGAUCUUUAUCAACAACACUCUCAAAGUUUAAUGGAAAAUGUGACUCAACCUGAAAAUGAAGGUAUUUAUGAAACACAAAUGCCCUUAAUAUUUCGAGCUAUUCUUAAUUUAGGAUGCGUAUGUGUUGUAAAUGCUACAUCCGCAAGAAAUAUGGCUGACAGUGUCGAUACUUUUACUUUAAAUCAACUUGAAAUAAAACCUAAUUUAUUUGAAAAUUAUUUAAACAAACAAGAAAGUUUUAAGUAUGUCUGUCUUUAUCAUUAUUGGGCUCCAAACCGUCAGCGGUCAAUGUGGGGAUUAUUUUUAGGUCCAAGUAAACGAUCUCAUAUUUUUGUUUAUGACUCAGUCAAAACCAAUCAAAUGCCAAAUAUGAAUUCUGUCUAUCAAAUUGAACGAAAUGCUGUAAAAGAUGAUGCAGGUGUUUCUUCUACUCCUAUAGAAAUGAGUUUUGAAGUAAGAAUUGAGACAAGUCUUCAACAAAUUUACAAGCAAAUUCAAAAUGCUUUGAAAGCUUAUAAAAAUGAAAUGAAAGGUGCAACAAUACUGCUGGUUGAUUCUCCAAUGGAGAUAUCAUCGUUGACAAGUGAAAUGCCAGGCUUAAUUGAUUUUCCUAUUGUUAACAUUUCUAAUCAAAUUGUUGAAAAUCUUUUCAAUACUUUAGAUUGGCAAAGAGUUGGAGCUAAAAUUUUAAUAAAAAAUUUUUUAAAAAGUGUACGAAUUUUACAAUUGAUGAUCGAACAAUGUCGCUUUUUUGCUGCACCUCUUGGCAACAUUCCUGCCGAUGCUACUCUCUUUGGAGCUGAUUUAUUUUAUGCACGAAAUUUACAAAAGAAUAAUUUCGUUCUUUGGUGUUCACCAACUGAAAGACCAGAUUUAGGAGGCAGUGAACAUGAUGAUAAUCGACUUUUAACAGAUUUCGAAGAAAGCUCUAGUUGUACAGCCAAUAAAUCUGGAACUUACUCGAGUGUUUGUGUAGAAUUAGAAGUUGAAAGUUUAGCAAUAAAUACUCUUCUUCAAUCAAAUCGUGUCAAUGAUAUUGAUGGAACCAGUUCGUUUGUAGCAUUCCAUGUAGCACCUCAAGCCUCACUUCAAGAUAUGGUUUCUGGUGACGGGAAAACUGUAAUUCCUAGUUAUGAUGAAACAGCAUUAUGUAGUGCAGCUUUUAAAAUUCUUAGAAGUAUGGUAAAUAGUUGGUUAAGAGCUGUAACUCUGCAAAGAAGUGUAUUCGCUGAUUAUCAAAUAAUUCAUUUCUAUCGUUGGUUAAAAACUCCAAAUGCUCUACUUUAUGAUCCAGCAUUACGAAGAACUCUUCAUACAUACAUGAAAAAAUUAUUUAUUCAAUUGAUUGCAGAAUUCAAAAGACUAGGAUCUAUUGUUGUGUUUGCUAACUUUAAUAAGAUAAUUAUUUGUACUAAAAAAAGAACAUUGAAUGAUGCUUUGGGAUACAUUGAGUUUGUUGUACAAACUAUUAGAAACAAAGAAUUAUUCCAUUCUAUUGAAAUUACUUUUAAUAACAGUUGGGAGUAUUUGAUUUGGUUAGAUUUAGCUAAUUUUGCUGGAGUGAAAGAAAAAUCCACGAUAGAAGAUAGGAAGAAAAAUUCUGAGAAUGAUGAAGAUGACGAUAAAGAUGAAGAAAAUAACAGUGAUGAUGAUGAUGAUACACCAGAAAUUUAUAUGAAUUGGAAUUUAAUGGAGAUUCUUCCUCAAGAAGCCUCAUGUCAAGCCAGUUUUAAUACUGUUAUUGCUGGAUAUAUCACAGCAGUUUAUCAGUUUAUAACAGAAAUGGAAGUUCCAUCUACACCAAGAGUACGAAGGCGAAAAAAUAGUUCUCUUAGUCAAACUAUGUGUCAAUUGGGAUUAGGAUCAUUGGAAAAUGCAGCAGAAUUUGCAAAAAAAAUUAUAGCUGGUGAAAUGUCGCAAAAAUUAUUCCAAAUUGUGCAGAAAAUUCAUAAAAAGUUGCCAGAAAAAGUUUUAACUAUUAAUGAAUAUCCUAAUCUUGAUCUUGGGAUUAAUGGAGUUAUGAAAAUUAAUCCAGCAUUAGAGUUAAUUAAAGCUAUUUGUAAAGUUUUAUCAUUAGACAAAGAAGUUGAAGACGAAGUUUAUGAUUUAAAGAAAAAUCUCUUAAGAUUAAUUGGUGUUGGAAGUUUUAGUGAUAAAGCUGAAUGGAAAGACCCAUGUAUCUCCUUUGUAUUACCAGAAAUAAUUUGUAAGGCGUGUAAUCAUACUAGAGAUAUUGAUUUGUGUAAAGAUAUCUACCAUACAAUUGAGGCAGGUAUCCAUGUUUGGAAUUGUCCUCUUUGCAGAACAAACUAUGAUAAUUCUGAGGUUGAAUUUCUUCUUAUUGAUACUAUUUGUAGAAAGGCUAUGGGAUUCAUUCUGCAAGAUUUACAAUGUAAAAAAUGCGGUGAAGUUCAAAGAGAUAAUGUUAGAGAAUACUGCACGUGUUCAGGAGAAUUUAAAAAUACUGUAACUAAAGAAGAAAUUAUAAAAACUGUUAAAGUGUUAAGAUCAAUUGCUAAAAAAUGUCAAAUGGUUAUUUUAAAUGAUUUAAUUGAAAGUACACAAAUAUUUAAUAUGGAGACUGUUAUACAAUAAAAAAAGAAGUUAUU